AAAUCAAGUCAAAAAACAAACAAACAUAAACAAAGAUCAUCACCCCACUACCCUCUGUCACACUCUCUUCACCUUCACCCAAAACACCAUCAUCUUCCUCGUGAUUCCACUUGUCUUUUCUCCAAUAUUCCCGCCAUUUCCUCCGUAAUCCAUCACCUAUAAUCACGAUUCUUCAACCUUCAACAAUGCAUGACCUAAUGCUUCGAGUUCAACAUCACACCACCAGCAGCCACUCCAGAUCCAGUUAUGCUCGUGACGCUAGCCCUGACUCAGUAAUAUUCUCCAAUUUUAGCUUGUUUUCUUCUUCCGCUUCCGUUAGCGUUGAACGAUGUUCUUCUGCUUCCGAUGCGCUUGAUCGCGAUUCACUCGUAUCCGAAAUGUCUCAGAAGCAGGAUUUGUCGGGACGUGGUGUUCGGAGUUUAUCCAGAGGUCCAGAUCUAGAUCCGGAUCCGAGCAAUAAUUCUGUUGUGUUCAGGAAAAAAGUUGAAAAAGCCAAAGAAUAUAAUGAUGCAGAAACAGAUAGUGAGAAGAAUCAAACCCUAGAUUCAGCAAGAAGCUCCUUCUCUCAAGCUCUAAAAGAUUGUCAAAACCGGAAGUCGAGAUCAGAAAUUCUUCUAAGGAAGUCUGACCGGAGAAGACCUACGUCGUUGGAUUUGAACAGUCAAGCGAUAAGUUUGACUAGUUCUUCUCCACGACUUGUCAUGAAAAGCUCGGUUUCAAGCAGGCGGACUAAUAUGUUCCCGAGUCCAGUGACGCCAAAUUACCGUCCUGGAAAUGGGAUGCAAAAAGGUUGGAGUUCGGAACGCGUGCCUUUACAUGCGAAUAGUAACAGAAGGCAUGUGAGUUCCGGAUUGAUAUCUUAUAACAGUGGGAAGACAUUGCCUUCGAAAUGGGAAGAUGCAGAGAGGUGGAUAUGUAGUCCGGUUUCAGGAGAUGAUGGUUUAAGGCCUUUGCGUCAGCAACCGCAAAGACGGCCCAAGUCGAAGAGUGGGCCACUUGGGCCUCCUGGAUCUGCAUACAACCCGAUGUAUUCCCCUGCAGGGCAUAUGUUUGAUGGACAGCAUGUUGGGAGUUUACUCACUGGAUCACCGUUUUUAAGUAGAGUGAACGCUAGUGAUGGGUUGUCGAUUCAGUAUCGUGAUCAGCACGGCAGCAGUGAGAAUUUCCCUUCACUGAAUGAGCCGUGUAUGGCAAGGUCGGUCAGUGUACACGGUUGCUCUGAGUCACUGAGUCAGUCAUUGCUGCGUAUAACUCAAGAUGGUAAAGCUAGUGGUGUAACGGAUGCUGCUACCAACAUAUCUCGUGAUGUUUCAAGAAGAGAUAUGGCAACUCAAAUGAGCCCCGAGGGUAGUCCGUACUCAUCUCCUUCAAGGAGAAACUCAAACGCGAUCUCCCUGUCAUCCGCUACACUACCUGUUGAGACCCGUUCGUCUAAAGCAGAUGUGAGGGAUGUACAGGUGGAUGAUCAGGUCAGUUUGUCAAGAUGGUCAAAGAAAACCCGGGCUCGAAUUCCAGGUAGGCGAUCUGACUCAGCGAUGGUGGAUGACUGGAAACGAAAAGCCCUCGACGUUCGUUCGGCUGAUUGGGAAGUUUCAGAGAUGACAACAAACCUCUCAAAGGCGAAACGCGAGGAAGCCAAAAUAGCCGCUUGGGAGAAUCUUCAAAAAGCUAAAGCAGAAGCAGCUAUACGGAAACUUGAGAUGAAAUUGGAGAAAAAGAGAUCAUCAUCAAUGGAUAAGAUUAUGAACAAACUUAAAUCAGCUCAGAAAAAGGCUCAAGAAAUGAGAGGCGCGGUCUUAUCUAACCAGACGCAUCAUCAAGCUGCUGCUAGAUCUUCUUCACACAAGGCAAUCUCGAUCAGGGCGCCACAGAUAGGUUCCUUAAGUGGCUGUUUUACGUGCCAUGCAUUUUAACUUCUUAUUUCUCUUCAAAACAGGUAAUUUUGUACUUUGCUUGUGCUAAAUUGUCAUCAUCAGAUGCCUGAUGUUAUUCGUUUGUAGAUUAAAUAUUAUUUGAGUUUGUCGUUAAGGCGGUUGUUGGAACAUCUGCCUCACCAUUGCUGUUUGCUGCAAACAAGUGAAAGUAGAUUUUUUUUUUUUUUUUUUUGUCAUUCGUUUGAUGUUGUCAUUCAUUUGACUGUCUUUUAGAUAUCAUGUUUGUGUACAAAAUGCAAAUCUUUAUUUGACUUACAGGAAUGCAUGCUGCAUAAACAUUCGAAAAAUAUCAUAUCAGAUUUGCAAAA